AUGGAAGAAGUUUCUUUUCUUAAGCCAAAGCCAACCCUCACAGCCAUAGAUAAAUUUUUAUUGGGUCAGAGCCAUUUUUGUCAACCUGAAAUUCUUGCCAAUUUCAAGAACAAAGGAAACCUUGUUCCAGUGAAUUUUGAUUUUGUUUCCUCUUCAACAAGUGGUGGUGCAAUCCAUAGCCAUGCAAGAGAAGGAGAAGGGCUAUUCCCACGGCCAACUAUUCUACCUCCUCCUCAUGACACAAGUAGUUUUGUCAAUGGAGAUUUUUUCAAUGAAGAAAGUACUCCAAUCUUGAGUCAAGAAAUGAAUCUCAACAGUGGCUUUGGAGAGGAAGAAGAUUUGGAACCAAGAGUUUGCAGGAGAGUAGGAAGGAGAGGAAAAAGUGGUCCUUCUGUAGCUUUAAUCAAAGGCCAGUGGACUGAAGAGGAAGACAACACAUUGAAAAGGCUGGUGAAGCAUUUUGGAGUGAAGAAAUGGGCUCAAAUUGCUGAGAAAAUGGUGGGAAGAGCCGGUAAGCAGUGCCGGGAGAGAUGGCAUAAUCAUUUGCGCCCUGAUAUCAAGAAAGACACUUGGAGUCUGGAGGAAGAGAGACUCUUGGUGGAAGCUCAUAUGCAGGUUGGGAACAGAUGGGCAGAAAUUGCCAAAAGAAUUCCGGGAAGGACUGAAAACUCCAUAAAGAAUCAUUGGAAUGCCACAAAAAGAAGGCAAAAUUCAAAGAGAAGGGUCAAGAAACCCGAGGGGGCACAAAAUGGGAGAAAUCAAUCAACUAUUUUGCAAGAAUAUAUCAAAAGUACUUGUUCCAAUAAUAAUUUCUUAACUAACAGCGCAGACCUCAGAUCCACCACCGUGACACCAGCCAACAGUGCAACCACCCACCCGACCCCGCCCAAUUCUGUUGUAUCAGAGGACCCCAUAUCACCUGAUUUCAAUCUGCCUUAUCCAGAGGUAUGUCAGUCCACCUGUGAUGAUUCUUCAUUCUAUAUGACUCAACAGUCUUAUGAUGAUGAGAUGAAAUUCAUGCAAAAUUUAUUUGGAAGUAAUAAUCUCAAUGCCUCAUCAUUUGGUGAAAAUGAUAAUAGAAAGGCUCCUCUAGACACUGGGAUUGAUCGGAAGAACAAGUGUUAUAUUUCAUUCAAUCCUUUUGGAUACAACAGCUCUAGUGGUGAUAAUCAGAGUUUUGGUGGAAAUUGGGAUUAUGGGAUUUUUCCAUCUUAUGCCGAACCAAACAUGCCGACCAAACCUUAUUUAGGUGAUCAAGAGAAUAAUCAAUCUGCCAGUAUGUACUUGGACCUCUAUCUCCCUCGUAUAUUGGAUGGAAGCAAUGCGAUAACUGCUCCUCCUGACCCUAGCAAAAUGAGCAUGGAAACACUGAUAAUGGAUCAAGCUAACCCUUCAGUUGGAAAGGAGGUGGACUUGAUAGAGAUGGUCUCAAAUUCACAAUUUGCUCACAAGAAUGCUGCUAAAUAA